GGGGCGGAGCCAGCCCCGGAGCGGAGCCGGCCGGGGGGCGGGGGCCGGUGACCCGGCGGCGCUAGGGCCCGGCGGGAGGCGGGGCCGGGCUCGCGCGGGGCCGGCUGGCGCGCGGAGCCAGCGUCGGUGGCACCGGUGGGGAGCCGCGUCCCCGGGCGUUGGGGCUGUUAGAGCCGUUGGGGCCGCGCGCGCCCCGCGGCCGGCGCUGGCGGGGGCGCUGAGGGCCGCCCCCCUCGCCUGCCUUCUUCUGCCUUCCCUUCCCCUCCUACUCCCGCCCGGCCCAGCCCGGCUCCUCUCGGCUCGGCGCUGUGAUUGGGCGGAAGAUGGCGCUGGGCGGAUGGAAAUCCUAAUGACAGUCUCCAAAAUCGCCUCCAUCUGUACCAUGGGCGCCAAUGCCUCAGCUUUGGAGAAAGAGAUUGGUCCGGAACAAUUUCCAGUCAAUGAGCACUAUUUUGGUUUGGUUAAUUUCGGGAAUACAUGCUACUGCAAUUCAGUUCUUCAGGCACUUUAUUUUUGUCGACCAUUUCGAGACAAAGUCUUAGCAUACAAGAGUCAACCAAGAAAAAAAGAGAAUCUCCUUACGUGCUUAGCCGAUCUCUUCCACAGUAUAGCCACCCAGAAGAAAAAAGUUGGAGUAAUACCUCCCAAGAAAUUUAUAACAAGAUUACGAAAAGAAAAUGAGCUUUUUGAUAACUACAUGCAACAAGAUGCACAUGAGUUCUUAAACUAUCUAUUAAAUACAAUUGCGGAUAUCUUGCAAGAGGAGAGAAAACAAGAGAAACAAAAUGGUCGCCUACCUAAUGGCAACAUUGACAAUGAAAAUAACAGCCCGCCAGACCCAACCUGGGUUCAUGAAAUCUUUCAGGGAACAUUAACUAAUGAAACCAGAUGUCUUACAUGUGAAACUAUAAGCAGCAAAGAUGAAGACUUCUUAGACCUUUCAGUUGAUGUGGAGCAGAAUACUUCAAUCACUCAUUGUUUAAGGGGUUUCAGCAAUACAGAAACUCUGUGCAGUGAAUACAAAUAUUACUGUGAAGAAUGUCGCAGUAAGCAAGAAGCACAUAAAAGGAUGAAAGUAAAAAAGCUGCCUAUGAUUCUAGCUCUCCAUUUGAAGAGAUUUAAAUACAUGGAUCAGCUGCAUCGAUACACAAAACUCUCUUAUAGAGUAGUUUUUCCUUUAGAGCUUCGUUUAUUUAACACCUCAGGAGAUGCCACCAAUCCUGACAGAAUGUAUGACCUUGUUGCUGUGGUAGUUCAUUGUGGAAGUGGCCCUAACAGAGGACAUUAUAUUGCAAUAGUGAAGAGUCAUGAUUUUUGGUUGCUUUUUGAUGAUGAUAUUGUUGAGAAAAUUGAUGCACAAGCUAUUGAAGAAUUCUACGGGUUGACAUCAGACAUCUCAAAGAACUCUGAGUCUGGAUACAUCCUCUUCUAUCAGUCUCGGGACUGAGGGGGAACUGUAGUGAAGAGAAAUUUUUAUGCCUCACAUCUUCUCUAUCUUGGAAUGGAGCAAGCACUGAAAAACAAGAAAGCAGGGAGCUCCAGGGGCAGUAGCACAGUUUGCACAUAACUAAGCAGAGAGUUUGGGAUUCUUAAAACCUUUGUAUCAUUUUGAUUUUAUUUGCUCAGGUAUCGUGCUGACUACACAUCUCCACUGCAUCCCAUAAGCAAAAAGAGAGAUACCAGCCACUCUUGCAGGAGCUUUCUGUUAGGUAAUACUGUCUCUGUGGUCCUAAUUCAAAGCCCAUUAAGGUCACUGGAGAACCUUUUGUGGACUUCAGUGGAAUUUGAAUCAGGUUCUAACUGCACUGCCAGAUUGGUGCAAUAGGAGCAUUAGAAAUCUGUAUUUUAUACAGACUUUGUGUAUAAAAGGUUAAGGACUCUUUGUGAACUUAGUUUCCUGUGCUUAAGUUUAAAAGAAUGAGGUUGGGAGGAUUAACAUGUAAGCAAGAAGAUAUAUCUGGGCCCAACACAAUUGCCUUCUUGAUGGUAGUAGUUCAACUGAAGAUAUAAACUGGUGUCAGGGAGGCAAGUAUGUUUUGCUUCUCUGAAGAAGCUUACGUUAUUUAUAAUGUAUGAUCGGGAACAAUCAGUCAAGAUUAUGGCUUUUAAUCUCCGUAUGGGGAAAGAUUUGGUUUGUAAUAGUUUAUUUUUAUUUAUAAAUUAUUGUAACUUAGGAUCUUGUGUAUUGUCCUUUAUUCUAACAAGUAUUGGAAAUUUUAUAUAUUAAUUUGAAUUAAAACUAAUUAUGUUUAAAUGUUAAGGAAGAGCCAAUAUAAAUUCUAAAAACAAUGCCUGCGAUAUCUCUAAAAAAUGAAUAACACAGAAGAGAGAUUUCCUUCUGGAGGAACUGGUAUCUAAGUGAGGUAGUUUAUUUAAUUAAAUUAGAAUAUCCUUUUUCCAUUAAUGGGUGAAAAAAAAAGUGAUCAAUCAUAAGAAAGUGACGGUGCAGUGGUGGUAUACUGGUCUUUAUAGUUCUUUAAUAAUUUGCUAAUGAUUCGUACUCCUAAGCAAAUUAGAAUGAUUUGGAUCAAAGUAAACCAUUUUAAGAAUAUUAUUCCCUCUCCUAAAAAUGGAUCCACUUCUGUUCCCAAUGGCAUGGGUGACUAUCUCAAAAACCACUCAAGGUCUCAAGUAUAAAUUACAUUUGAGUAAUAAGAAGGAAUAGGCUUGGGAUUUCAUGAGACUGAAGAUACCACAUUCUUUAAAGGUAAUAAUAUUUAAGUCCUGUAGAGUGAAAAUUUCUGAAACUAAGCAGUUUAUCUUGCGUUAGGUUUAUGAAACAAUAGCAUUAAGAAUUAAAUCUUGACAAAACACCUGAUCUGUAAGAAAGGUGAACUGUUGUGAUUUGACAUUCUUCCACUUACCAGUACAUUGUCUGACAGUAGCUGAAUGUAAUUUCUGGAAGGUCAUGGGAUGUGCAUUCCAGAUAAUGGCAAUCAGGUCUUAGAUGUCCUUGUCACUCCCUCUUCAGCUAGUGAUUUUUACAUUAUUGUAAUUUUCUACGGUAAUUUUAUUGGUACCGUUACAACUUUUAAAAAGAAUGUCUCCUGUCUGCUGCUAUAACUGACUAUUUACUUACCUGUAUCUUUUAGCUCAGGAAAUGACUUCACCUAUUCACUCAGUUGAACAAAUCUUUAACAGGGUCACUAAAUAAAUCGGGCUAUUUAGCAACUGUCAUGCUGUAACAAAUUGCUUUUGUAAAAUGCGAAGUUUCUAAGGCCUUGGUUUGGCUAGAAUUCUUUUAUAUAGAAGUUACGUAUCAUGAUUAAACUACCAGCAUUGUAAAGUAAAUUAAAUAUUGUGGGAGAUGAAGAAAAUAUGAUUGGAUUUUUCUUGAAGGAUUCAAAUAACUUUUAAAACUUUUUUUCAGCUUUCAGUGGGAAAAGGGUUAAGGGGUGAAUCAGUUGGAUAGUGGUGCAUGUUAGAAGGAUGAAGUCCUUUGCAUACUAAAGGUACAGUAUUGUAAAAGAACUGUCACAUUAUUUUUUGCUAAUUGAAAAUGUUUGGGUUCUUCUUUCUUUUUUUUCUUUUUUUUUUCCUAGUUAAAAGCUGAGGCUAGUUGUUGAAUAUUUUAUACCCUAACAAAAUUUAAAACAUAUUUGUUGUUUCACUGGUUUUACUCCUGCGAUGUAUUUUUAUAAGAUACUGACUUUUAUUUUGUAUGGUUUUUUUGAGAUAGUAUUCCAAAUUAUAUAUUUCAUUUUUCUUUUAGUGCAGCUGAAGUAGUUGUAAGUUCUUAAUUAAACUGAUAUCAGAAACUGCAACUUAAAAAAAAAAGAAAAGAGGCAGGGAAGUACAAAAUACAACCGAUUGGUAUGUAAAACUUUAUAGGAUUUUUUUUCUCGGCUGUAAUACAGUGGGGAGUGUGGGAAAGUUGUCAGUUGUUGUAAAUGGUGGAAAUUAUUUGCUGUGUAACUAUGUAAAUGUUAAUUGGGACUACAGUCCCCUAUUUUGUAUAUUGGAGCAAAAAAUUCUAUUAAAUAAAGUAUGUUCUCUAAAGGUAAGUACUGUAUCCUUUGUGGAGCCUGAAUGGUCAGUCAGCUGCCUUUUGUGCUUUUCAGUCUUUUCAAACCUUAAAAGUAUCUGGAAUUUCCUGUAUUAAGCUAAGUGCUCUGAGUCAUGGAGGGAGAAGUGUGUUUAAAUACACUGCAUUAUAUAUCUUUCUAGAUGUGUUGUUUUGAAAAUAGUUCAGUAGCAGCCAUGUUUUUGGUGGUGUACUUCUCUGGAAUGAGUUUUUAAGUUGUUGGUUUCUAAGGCAGAAGAGAAGGAAGUGUUUUGAAAUACUGUUCUUUCUUGACUUCCAUUUCCUCAAAAAAACCCUGUACCUUGCAUACGAGUUAGGGAUAUGCAUCUGAGUUACCUAAGGGAUUUCCUUAGGUUACUCCUAAUCCUUAGGGAUUCUCCCACCUUGUGGGAGGGAGAACAGAAGGAAAGAAAAAUAGGAGUGUUAACAGCACUAACGUAAGAGAGAGAUUGACCAAAGAACGAGUCCAGCAUCAGGAGAAAAAGAUGCAGCUGGUUACAAUAUCCACAUAUGAUUUGGUAUUAAGUCGUUCUUCUCUUGGAGUGUACACUGCUGUUUGUAAUGAAUGUAUAUACUUACAGUUUUACAAACAGUUCAUACCCUGCCAUAUUUGUAGUUGUGAUGCCCACAUCCGUGGCCUUUAACUGCAUGAAACUAGUGACUGUAGGUGUUCAGGUACACGUAUGAACAUUUAAAUUGAGCUGUGUUUUCCAAAGUUUGUCAUAAAUCAGAUUUCAUAUCUUUAGGUGACACUGAGAUGUUAGCACAUUUGAUGCCACUUCAGAUCUUCUGCCAUACCCUUCAACAUCUUCAUAGGACUGGCAGAGAUAACAGAAGAUGCACAGAAGAUCUGCAUCCUUGUGGAGCAGCAGCUUGAAGCUAGACAGGACAUCCCAGCUUGUUCCCCAUGUUUGUCUCAGUGUUUCCACAAGCACUAUUGCAUACGCACUAUUUGGAUCAUAUUCAGAUGAAAGUCUAUAUUGCUUGGUUACUUUUUUGUGGUGAUGUUUGUAAGGUUUGAAACCUGAAGUAUCUGAGGCCUCUAGUUAUUUUCAUAAUUCCCUUAUUAAAAUUAAAGGAACUUUAUCUUGUGCUAUUUGGUCCAGUCUGUCAUCUGUAGGUUUAAGAUGAUCAUGUAUAGACUUACUAUUAAGCUCUUCCUUGUAACUAAAAGAAAUUUUGAUAUGUGAAAUAUUCAGUCUUCAUUUUCUACAGAAAUUUCCAGUUGGCCUUACCAGAAGAAUCUUAACUGUGUACGGUUAAUGUCAUAAACAGAUCCUCAUAAUCUCCCUCAUAACGGUUCAUUCAGAAUUAGUAGUUGUCCCUUACUAUAGUAUACCUCCACAACAUGGAUUAUAGAAGAACGGGGAUGAAUUGUCUUAUACACAAAGCUUUGUCGUCUUAUACACAUGAAGAGGUGACAUCUUUUUUUCUGUAUAACUGCUGACUUUGUUAAAUGACAGAAUUCAGCUCGGGCUGACAGACUUUUAGACACUUUUAGAAAGUGUUAAAAAUGCAUCAACAACUGAGGAUGCCAAGAAGGGUUGGAUGGUGGUUGGUUUGUUUGUUUGGGUUUGUUUUUUUCAUUUUGGGGUUUGUUUGGGGUUAGGGGUUUUUUUUAAAUUUGUCAAGAGCAGUUAUUUGAAACUAGCAUGUCAUCCCUUUAGAUGAAUUCAUAGGUUAAACCAGCAGUACAUGUUUCUCUUCAGUUACCUUUGUCUGUAAGAGGAGAAAACUUCAUUUCAGUACAUGUUAAUAAUCUGUGUAUUGCAGUAUUACAUUGCAGAUACUUUUGUGACUUUUUUUUAUAAAAGCUUAAAUAGUCCAGAUGCGGUUUGUUUGCUUUCAAAGAGUGACCUGACAGUGUAAGUUGUCCACCCCCUGUUUGUCUGGGUUGAUCUUAAGUCUGUACGUCUUAGAAAUUCAGUCUUUGUUUUCCCUCUUGGUAAUGCAAUAUGCACAUUUAUGGUUUCUGUCUUUUAAGGCUUCAGAGUCCUCUAACCUCUCACAGCAUAAUGCGAGAUGUAUAAUACAUUAGUCUCUUUACAUGCAAGCCUCUGAGUACUCAAUUAUUUACUGAAGUUAAUAUUCUACAUAAUCUGUAUUCGAGGGUUGUUCAUUUUGCAGCAGUUUUGCCACUGAUUGAUUGUUAUAAAUUAACUAUGCAGGCCAACUACCAUGCAAACAAACACAGGUAUCAUCUUUAUAUACAGAGAUCUCUGGAAUCUAUUGUUUCCAGUAUUAACGAUAGAAUGUGGUGAGGCAGAAAUAAACUUUCUUUGGUCUAUAUUACAACAAAGUCUGCAAAAUUGUUUGCCUCUUACCUUAUUCUUUUUUUUUAAGUGAGUUAAUUUUUAGGCUAAACCUAAGAAUCUGCUGUUUUGGUUGAUGAAUCCCUUUGGGGGAACUCGUGUAAGAAUGUGUUGGGUUUAUAAGGAGGAUUGUUUGCAGACAUCACCAGUUUUGAAAUUAACUGAGUAAUAUCUCCCAGUUUCUUCCCAAAAGUACGAAUAAACUACAUUCUCUCUUUCCCUCUAAUGGCUUGUGAUUGCUGCCUUCAUAAGAGAUUGUAAGGGUUCAGAAAAGGGCAAGGUACUUUCUACAUAGCUCUUUGUGUAGAACUCAUAUUGGCAGCAUUAGGGAGCUUUAAUUACAGAAGGAUCAUCAGUCGUGUCCUUGAUCUGCAUUCCGCAGGUUAUGUAAUCCAGGAGAGAAAACGCACAGCAGGAUCUCUCAGAGAAUAUGGAGAAGUAGCUUUACAAUUAUUUACUAACAUACUAGAUAAAAAAGCAACAUUUCCUAACAGAUGAAAUGUUACAUUUAAUGGAGAUUUCUGGUGUUUGGAGAAUUUAGGGAGAGCUCAAAACAUCCUGCCAUUCUAGGGUUUUGUUGCUUAUUAAAGAGUCAUGCCUUGGUGUCUGUGUGUUUAAUUUGCUAUUUAAGCCUAUAUUUGAAAUUCCCAUCUGUACGCAAAUUUGUUAAGUUGAUAUGAUUGUAUUAAUGAAUGCUCCUCCAGAAACAAUUUCUGCAUAUAUGGCAGUC